UUUCCUCGAUAGAUCGCACUAAAGUUCGACGACGCAACACGCCGAGCUCUGCUGAAAAGCAAGUGCAAAAUCCAAACGUUACCCAUUUGAAUGUGUCCAAAUUGUUUUGAAUUUAUGUAAUUAUCUUUUCACAAUGGCAUUCUCCGGUUUCAAUACCGGUUCUCCGUUUGGCACCCCUAAUACAACUGCUGCAACGCCAGCUUUUGGCUCUCCUGCUACAACUCUCUUCGGUGGCACAGGAUCUCCAGCUCAGUCAUCUCCGUUUAAUUUGUCAAGCAAUCAGCCGAAACUUAGUUUUGGUGGCCUCGCAGGGGCGCCCAGCACACAACCAAAUUUCCAGUUUGCAUCCUCAACACCUGCUGCUCAACCAGCACAAACAGGGUUUUCUUUCGGAAGCACCCCUGCAUCUCAGCCAGCACAAACUGGUUUUAAUUUUGGAGCAACUUCAGCUCCAGCUCAACAGACCCAAGCUGCUCAACCAGGACAGCUAGGACAACCAGCCCAAUCAGGCUUCUCAUUUGGUGCUACCUCUCUAGCGCAACCAACACUUGGAGCUACUGCACCUGCAUCUGCUCCAGCAGCUGCACCAGCAUUCUCCUUCGGAGCAACAACAACCGCAGCUCAGCCAGCCCAAAGUGGCUUCAAUUUUUCCACCCCAGCCUCUGCUGCUCCAACUCAGCCUGCAGCACAAACUGGCUUCAACUUUAGUGCUCCAACCCAACAGACGCAGCCUCCUCAGUCCACCCAGCCAACGCAAGCUCCUACCCUUGGUCUUGGAGCCCCUGCUUCAACAGGCUUUUCUUUCGGUGCUACAACCACUGCGGCAGCAACAUCGGCCCCAACUCUCAGCUUCGGUGCUCCAAGCGCAACAACCACGCAACCGACCCAACCAGCGCAGACUGGCUUUUCGUUUGGCGCCACUACAAGUGCACCAGCAACAGGUUUAUCCUUUGGUACCCCAGCAACAUCAGCCCAGGCUACCACAGGGCUCGGCCAAGCAACAACUACUGCAUCCACCGGUCUAAAUUUUGGACUUGGGUCAACACUGGGUGCAACAAAACCAACUCUGAGCUUUGGCACACCUACCUCAACAACUACGGCUGCUCCAACAUUGGGCAAAUUACCAGGACUCAGUUUUCCGAGCGCAACAUCGACAGCCACUGCAGCAACAUCUGCUCCAACAGGACUAACUUUCAGCUUCUCCACUCCUGCCUCAACCCAAGCUGGGAAGACUACAGGAUCCACACCCGCAACCACCACAACUACAACAACAACAUUCAAAGGUCUUGGCGGAGUUGAUCCUGGGCAAAUCACAUCAGGCACCUCCACGUCCGCUGGACCCACGGACAAAGUUGCACUGAAAGAUAAUCCUAUACCUAAUGAACUCAUGCAGACUGUGGAGCAAUUCAAGUCUUUUGUAAAAACUCAGAAAAGUAUCAGCAGUGAAGUUGCACGUGCCUCUGUCAAGCCAAUGGAUAAAAUAUCCGAAAAUGUAGACUCGAUGAGAACUUUGGUAACGACUCUAGCCACUAGUUUGCAGAAAAACAAGUCCAUGGCAGAUAAAAUCAAGGCAGAAACAAUGAAGUGUUUCCAAAAUUGUGAAAUGGCGCAGAGAACACAAGACACACCUAGCGGACUACAGAAUCAAAAUUUAGCACCAUUAGACUUUUUCAAUAAUCUAGUAUCACAAUUCGAUCACGACUUGAAUGUUCUGAGGCUAGAGAUUGAAAACGCUGAAAGACAUGUGAAGAGUUUAACAUCCUCCUCUGAACUCAAUCCGCAAGAGCUCUCUCUUGCUCUCAGGAAGUUGCACGAUAGUUUUGUAGCUCUCGCUGGAAGACUUCAAGGUGUUCACUCUUCCGUUCAAACCCUGAAAAAUCAACACUUGUCACUUAGGAGACAGUAUUUAAAAGAUACCACCAACAUCUUCGAAAAAAAACCAGGAUUAGUCAAGAAAAAUACUAACCCUGUCAAUAAUAUUGUAACUUUCUCUCCUGGACCGACACCUUUUUCAGCUGAUGGCAAUCUCAACAAUCUUGUGACUUUGUCCUCAUUGGGGAUGACCAAGUCCGCUUAUACUCCUUUACAACCUCAGCCUUCACUAUCAACAUGGAAUAACCCCUCGGGUCUUAACCUACCUUCGCUAAUCUCUAAUACCUCCAUGAUUAACCAGUCUACUUCAACUCUGCCUGCCGGUGGUGUAUUUGCCGCUAACACCCCUACUUUCCAGCUUCAAAAACCACCUCUAAGUAACAAAAGAGGAAAACGAUAGACAGAGUUCGGUGUCUAGUUGUUCCAUUGUUCUCAACCGUCACUUUACAAUCUUCUGUGAUAUAUUUUUAAUAUAUUGUAUCUUGAUUUUAGUUAUUUUUAAGGUUUUAAUCAUAUGAUCGAUUUUUAAGUUUUGAAUAAGGAAUCCAGUAAAACUUGACUAUGGCGUAGACAUUUAAAUUAUACUAGAAUUUUAUUUUAUUACAAUGUAUGAAUGUCAAGAUACGUGACAUUCUCUUUCAAUCCAAUCAUUUGCUAAA